AUGUCCAGCCCCCGCCUCUGCCCUCGCCCACUCCCCGCCGGCCCGACCCGACUCUUCCGGGCGGCGGAGAGGAGAGCGGAGCGGGAAGGCAGCAGCCCUUACCUGGGACUCGCCGCCGGCCCCGCUCCAGCCCAGCGUUUGGGGCCAACUCCAGCCCCAGGCGGGGGGCGGGCGGGGGCAGGGCUCCUUGUGUCAGCGAGGGUGGGCUAUCGCCUGCAUCACCGUUACAUCACCUCCAUUCAGGGCGCUAAUCGGGCGCCCGCCGCGCUCCAGCCUUGUCACCUUCGUCCUGGCCCUCCCGUGAGACACACUUCAGGCACAGUUCGCUGGGAGCGGGCCGGAGCGAGGAGCACAUUCAAGACACAGAGUCCGUCUUUGUCACGCCUUCUGCGCCCCUUCCCCUCCCCAGCUUGCACACGUGGACACACCGCACACCAAGGUUCGCCUUUUGCACGCACGGUCCUUCUCUGGGACCUCCACCAGUCACCAAGCGUACGUGGGAUCGUCACCAAGCGCUCCUCUCACGCCUGGGCCGAGUCCAGACCACUCCGGACCGUGGGCAAAGGUCCUCCUGGGCCCGACUACCCCGCGCCCGGGUUUCCUGUGACCGUUCCAGGUACAGUGUUUAAGCGCGGCCCCCUCGGUCUCUGCGCUCCGGGACACGUUGGCUCUGACUCCGAGUCCGUCCCCUCCAGCGGCCGGGAGAACUUUCCAGGAGAAGCCACCAUUUCUCUGAAAGCUCUGUUUCUAGGCAGAGUCCUGGCAUCCCUCCAAGAAACACCACCCAGCCCCUCAUUCCUGGUGCUCACUGACUCCUCCGCCAAACCAGGCACUUGGACGUGCACACCAGGAAAAGACUGCAUUGGGAAUUGGUUACUAGUCCCAGCUCUGCCUCCAGUGAGCGAGGUGAGCUCAGGUAGGUCCCUUUGGCCCUUCAUACUGUAGCUUCCCGAUGUGUCAGGCCCAUUUCUACAGAUACUUAAUGAAUACUUCCAGCAAGCCAGGCACAAGUUACCAGGGAAACUGAGUCACCACCUCUGCCCCCUAGACACUCAUCUAAUCACUGAGACAGAAAUGUCAACCAGUCAUUAAGAUACAUACAGGAUUGUAGUUUCAGAGGAAGAACAGACGCUCCUCUACUCACAUAGAGGUUACAGCCCAAUAAAGCCAUCAUAAGUUGAAAAUAUCUUUAAGUCAAAAAUGUAUUUGUGGUGGCUCA